GCAGCCACCCGAUGUCUUCGGCGCCCGAGAAGCAGCAGCCACCGCACGGCGGCGGCGGGGGAGGCGGUGCGGCUAUGGACCCCGCGUCGUCCGGCCCGUCCAAGGCCAAGAAGACGAACGCCGGCAUCCGGCGCCCGGAGAAGCCGCCCUACUCGUACAUCGCGCUCAUCGUCAUGGCCAUCCAGAGCUCGCCCACCAAGCGCCUGACGCUCAGCGAGAUCUACCAGUUCCUGCAGAGCCGCUUCCCCUUCUUCCGCGGCUCCUACCAGGGCUGGAAGAACUCCGUGCGCCACAACCUCUCGCUCAACGAGUGCUUCAUCAAGCUGCCCAAGGGCCUCGGGCGGCCAGGCAAGGGCCACUACUGGACCAUCGACCCAGCCAGCGAGUUCAUGUUCGAGGAGGGCUCGUUUCGGCGCCGGCCGCGGGGCUUCCGAAGGAAAUGCCAGGCGCUAAAGCCCAUGUACAGCAUGAUGAACGGGCUUGGCUUCAACCACCUCCCGGACACCUACGGUUUCCAGAGCUCAGCCGGCGGCCUCUCCUGCCCGCCCAACAGCCUGGCGCUGGAGGGGGGUCUGGGCAUGAUGAACGGCCACUUGCCGGGCAACGUGGACGGCAUGGCUUUGCCUAGCCACUCGGUGCCCCAUCUGCCCGCCAACGGCGGCCACUCGUACAUGGGCAGCUGCGGCGGUGCGGCGGCCGGUGAGUACCCACACCACGACAGCUCGGUGCCCGCCUCCCCACUGCUGCCUGCUGCCGCUGGUGGGGUCAUGGAGCCCCAUGCUGUCUACUCGGGCUCUGCGGCCGCCUGGCCGCCCUCCGCCUCCGCUGCGCUCAACAGCGGCGCCUCCUACAUCAAGCAGCAGCCCCUGUCCCCCUGCAACCCUGCGGCCAACCCUCUGUCCGGCAGCCUCUCCACGCAUUCCCUGGACCAGCCGUACCUGCACCAGAACAGUCACAACGCCCCAGCUGAGCUGCAAGGCAUCCCGCGGUAUCACUCGCAGUCGCCCAGCAUGUGUGACCGAAAGGAGUUCGUCUUCUCUUUCAACACCAUGGCGUCCUCGUCCAUGCACUCGGCCGGUGGCGGCUCCUACUAUCACCAGCAGGUCACCUACCAAGACAUCAAGCCCUGUGUGAUGUGAGGCCACAGACCCCGGGGGCCCUCCGGGCACAGGCUGGCUGGCGCAGGGACCUCGGAACCCGUUGCCAGGAACUGCUUUAUUCUCGAGGUAUAACCGUCGGCAGAAGAAAAGGGUUUGACCCCUCCCCAACCGGAUUAUUCAGAAAGGAGUCCCCAAGGCAAAAACCGAGCAGUGGCCGGCACCUCCCCCCCUACUCCCUCAACAGUUUUUAAAAAUGGCAGUGGUGGGGCUUGAUCUGACUGCAGCUGUUGGUAAAUAAAUAUCUAUUUUUGAUCCUAUUGAAAGCGGCUGAGAAGGUGCUGUGCUGGGGAAAAACCCUCCACAUCUAAACAAGAAUUCUGCUGCGGUCUCCCCCUCUUCCCCUCCAGCGGCAAACGUCGGGGAAGGCUUUAGGAGAAAGGCAAACGUGUGAGGCCAUCAGUACCAAAUACUUGUAUUUUUUGGUUGAGUAUUUAUCUUCUUAUUUUUAACUUUUUUUUUUUGGAAAGAAUGUCUUGGAAUUUGCGUCGCCUUUUAGAGCCGUCUUUUGCAGGGAAGAGGGGAGCAAGAAAUCGCCUUCUCCCUCCCCACCUCAGAAGUCCUCCGACCAACCACAGGUGGACCCUUGUGCGAAUAACUUGCAUUUCUGAAGCCACUGCUCCUCUUAGGAGAGAAACCAGAAGGCGCCCAGAAGCAGCGGCUCUCUGGCCUCUGUUGUCCCCGUCUGCCUUCCUCUUCUUCCUUUUCUUCAGUCUUUUUGGUUUGGUGUCGAACUUUAUUUUGACUUUUCUGGUGAGUGUUCUUCUCCCGAGACCCAGCUGUCUCCCAGUCUCUACUGUAAACCUUCUGGUGGGGGAGCGGGCGAGCACGGCGCUGCGGGGACCGGGAGGCCCGCUGAGCGCGCCUAUUCAGGAUUGCGGUGACGCAGAAAGGUUAAGGCACUUUUAAAAAGAAAACCGAUAGCAAGGCUCAUCCUGUUAUUUAUUCUACUUUCUUUCCCUAAUAAUCGAAAACACCGCAUAGGCUCCUCCGUUUAUCAGUAUUAAUGGUGUAACUUUGUUGGCAAUAUUUGCCGCGUAGAAUUUUUUUUAGAUAUCCAUUGUAAAUUUGAAGCUAAGUCCGAUCUGUGUAAAAACAAAUUUCCAUAUGUUUUAUAUAAAUAUAUAUAUAUAUAUAAAAUGAAGGACUCCCCCCCUUUUUUUAGUAUUUUGGCUGCUGGAGUGCAGCGUUUGUGACACGUAUUUUAAAUUUCCUUCUGCACUGUAUAAAAAUGACAAUUUGAGGAUGUUUUUGCCUUUUGUGUAUUUUUUUCCUAAGAAAAGAACAAAAAUAAAAAUGUGUAACAUUUGUACAUGGCCUUUAAUAUUGUAUCAAUUAGAAAUAAAAUCGCACGAGUAUUUUAUCGGGAUUGCAGAGUGUCUUCCAACCCCAAAAA